UUGGGCAUCCCAAACAUGUGCUACCUCCUGGGCAACAGCAUCUACAAAGUCACGCUGUCCCCCAGCCAAAUGUCCAUGCUGUUAUUGUUUGUAGGAUGCUGAUCUUGGUGUCGGUUUGGGGAUGGUUGGCUCGGUGGUUGGGGAUGUAAAAGGUAUGAGAUGAAUGCAAAUGGCCAAAAAAAAAAAGGUGUGAAUGAGAUGUUGGUCCAAAUCCAUAUGGUGGUACCUGUGAUGAUUUAUUGCUUCGUAUUCUAUCCCAUCGUUCCCAUUAUUGCAAUGGGAACUGUGCCCCAAGGGAGGACAGGCAGGCAAAUCAUAUAAUAAGGGACUUCCUUAAACAAAUUAAUGGCACAACUGCGAAAAAAAAGAGCACUUUAAACAUGAGGGAAAUUCGGGGGAGGCGAAACGGAGAUCCUUGUUUAUCACUGCUGAUGAUGAAGGGAUGAAGAGGUUCUGAUGCUCCUUGGCAGCUUUUCCUCAUGGCGUAGGGAGUGUGAGGGUUGCAUGGUGAUGUACUGACAACUGAAAGAGCCCUUAUUUCUGAAGGCAAUGGGAAAGGAGAGGGAGAGGUGGCAGCCAUCUUCAGUGUCACGUCCCUUCUCAUUGGACAAGAUGGCUGGUAAAGGUCAUCUUAGAAACACAGGAAAAACCUUUGUGUGCAAUAUAUGUGCAGUUGAGUCACUGUUUGGUGGGGGGGAAGUGCCGUUGAGUCGAGUUUCUUGGGAUUCAGCACUCCGUGUUGCAACACCCAUAAACCGGAGUGCAACACCCACCAGCUCCUCGUUAAUCUCGUUAGUGUUGGCCUGGGUGUGGAACGUGUGCCCGGGGAGUUUUGUGGUGCUUUCCACAGCCUGCCAGCCUGUCAGGUGCUGGAGGAGAUGAAAUUGCCGUUCCGAGAUCCAAAUCUCACAUAAUGUGAGGUAUUGAUGCCCUCCUCUUGAAACGUGGAGGGAGGUCUGUGUGCGAAGGAGGACGGUGGUGUGAGGAGGGAGGCCUGGCCUUCACCCCUAAUGGCGGCCAUCAUGGCGGCUUGGUUGCCAUGGUGACAGGGAUGGGGGGAGUGAAGGGGGGAAGCCCUACAAAAUGGUACCCAGGACCCUGGGGAUGCAUCAGGCCAUCAUGUCGGCAUUCAAACCUACUCACAGCACCCCAGGCUUCGAUCUCCAUUUAAUUAAACCCCAUUAAUCCCCUCUCCACAGCGGAGGAAGCCCCACAAGCUAAAGGGCCCUCGUGGGCCACAUGGUGUAACCCAUUGCAGGAGAUGAAAAACAAGAGAAAAAGCAAAAGAUAUAUGCAUAUAUAUACUGUGACAUGCUCAAACCAGGUAGGCUGCAUGACAAACUGUGUUUCAAUACGGGGAGAAGUGAUGUCCUUGGAGAAACAAGGAGCUGCAAUGACACAGAGCUGUGUUGUGCCCGUUGCUUGGAUAAAGGGCAAAAAAAAACCAACAAAAAAACUGAGCAAAACAAACAAGAAGGAAAGCGGCCGGGUUUUGGUGUCACAGAGGUUUCCCUGGCUACCGUGGGUGCAGGGAGGAGCAAAGGGAGGCUCUGUCAAUAGCGUUAUGGCUUUUAUUGCAGGAAGAGUGGUGCGAGGGGUGCUGGAGUUGUUUGCAGUUAUGGGGGGUUGCUAACUAAGUAGGAUUUAUUUUGCUUUAGUCUUCGAGGCCAUGAGAGCAUUCCUGAGGAGCUCGGAGGAGUGUUUUCAACUCAAACAGCAAAGAACCACGAUAGGGAAACACGAAGGGUCAGACAUCAUCCUGAAGUCUGCAGGGGCAGGGGAGCACCACGCAGCCCUCGAGUUCACCGGGUGGGAGAGUGGAUUCGUCCUGCAGGACCUCAAUUCCCCACAGGGCACCUUUGUGAAUGGCUGCCAGGUGCAGAACGCGGCCGUGCACGUGAGACCAGGAGACAUCCUGCGCUUCGGAGCUCAGGGAGCAUCCUUUGAGCUGGUGGUGGAUGGAGUCCCCCAGAAACCUUCCUACCCACUGGCACAGUGUUGCACGUCAUGGGCUGGACAGGAGGCUGCAGAGCCCCAGCAUGGUGCCCACCUCCCCUCGCUGCAAUCCCAGCGUGGCUCCAGCACCUGGGUUGGCCCCACACCCCAUCCACCACUCCGCAAGCGACCCGUAAGUGCGUGGACCAGGAGUGCAACCAUAACCAUCCCAAUGGAUGUGCUCAACCAGCUGCCUGCAGAGAGGCCAGCCUGGACCACCAACUCAAGCAGCAGUGGGAUGGGAGACCCUUCCCUGGGGAUUCACAGCACGGAUUGCUCCCUGCAAGAAAAGGAUGAAAAGCUGCUGAGCCUGGAAAAGGAGAUCGGCCGUCUGUCUGCUUUUGAAGCAGAAUCAAAGCAGAAGGAUACGGUGAUAAGGGACCUUCAGGGGGAACUGGCAUCGAUGGCCAAGAGCAUGGCUGCUGUGAGAAAUGACGUGGAGCUGACCCAGAGGCUUCUAACCUUUGAGGGAGAAAUCAGGGCCAAAACAGAAGAGAUCAAAGCCUUAAAGGAGCAGAUCAGCAACCUGCAGAAGGGCUCGAGUGAAGUUUAUAGCCAUUCCCUUCAGGAAAGAGACCUGGAGAUGAGAAGCCUGAGAAGAGAAAGUGAGAAGCUAAAGAGGGAUCACGCUUUGACCACAGGCCUCGUGACCAGCCUGCAAAGGGAGAUUGCUGUGAAAGAACAGAAAAUUCAGCAGCUCAAGCAGGAGGUGGAAAAAACAAAAAAGGCAAACAGAGAAAAGGACAACCAGCUGGCAGCUGUGUCUGCCAAGUGCUCUAGAAUUAAAGAGGAAACGAAGCGUGAACUUGGAGAGAGGGAAAUGGCUGCCUACCAAAAACGCAUCGGAGAGCUGGAAUGUGAGCUGAAGGGAUUGCAGGAAGAGGUUCAGAAGUACCACAGCGAGCAGAAAGCCAUCCAAACACAGCUGGCAGAAAAAGUCAAGGUGGAAGAGGAGCUGAAAAGCGCCUGCAAAAGGAAAUCCCUGCAGCUGCAGGAGAUGGGGCGCAGGGAGAGGCUGCUGAAGUCUGAUGUGGAUCGAGCCCAAGGGCAGCUAGAGUCUUUCAAAAGCCAAGUGAUGCGAGUGUGCAGCCCACAAGCAGCAGGAGAGGCGGGGAAGGCCAUCACAGUGCAGCAGGUAGUCAAGAAGGUCCAGCAUAUCUGGGAGGAACACCAACAAAGUCAGGCACGAGAGAAGUGCCUCCAGGAGGAAAUAAGUUCCAAGCUCUCGAAGGAAACGGAGAUGACUGAAAAUGUGGAGGUGUUCAAAAAAUCACUGCGUGAGCUCCAGGUAUUCCUGAGGGCCUCAUUCUGCAGCAGCAGCUUGAGGAGUGAGCUCAGCAAGCUGGAGGCCGUGCUUGUGGACCCAUUGGUGUUGGACAUACAUGCAGCAGUGGUGGAAAUCACACACGUGGUCCUGUCCUGGCUGCAGGAAGCAGAACUGCUGCUGGCAAACAUGGGGCUGGAGCUGCCCACCUCCAAGAAAGGAUUGACAGCUUGUCUCAAGAGGUUGUUGGAAAAGUAUCAGGAAACUGAACGAAGGAAUGAAAUGUUGCAGGCCCAAUUAGAGGAGGUCCAGGAGUCACGGGAUGCUCUGCUGCAGGAGCACCUGGAAGAGCUGAAAGCUAAACACGAGCAAGACCUACAGACAAAAAUCAAUCAGAUUAUAUUGGAAAAGGAGGAGGAGAAGGCAAAGAUUCUGGAGAGCACUGUUCUGAAGGAGAAGGAGAAGCACAAGCAAUGCUUGGAUGAAGAAAAGAAGAGGAUGCAGGACUUGGAGAGGCACCUGAGAAGUAUGGCUGAGAUAAUUGAAGGGAAGUCCAAAGAGCAGGAGGUGACGGAUCUCAAACUGCAAGAAGCUGUGCAUGACCUAGAGGAAACCACAACCCGAGAGAUGAUGCUAAAGCAGCAGGUACUCAUGCAAGACGAGCAGCUCAAGAUCCUCCAGGAUGAGAGAGAGGUACUGAAAUGGAAAAUGCAGGAAGAAAUAGCAGAAUAUAAAGAGCAAAUUAAGCAACACUCUCGGACAAUUGUUGCGUUAGAAGACAGAUUGCUGGAGGCUGAGCAGCAGCAAAAGGCACUAAAGGAGGAAAACGUCGUGCUUGUGGAAAGAAUAAGAGGACUUCAGGAUGAUGCCUGCAGGUCUACACCAGGAGCUUCCCAGGAGGCCAGAGAGUCUCAUUGCUGUGGUCUAGAAGAGCUGGCUGCCAUGCAGGGCUUACUCCAGGCCAAAGAGGCUGCCAUUGUGGGAUUAACGAAGGAGCUCUCAGAAACCAGGGCCAGGAUGUCAGACAUGAGAGGAGAGCUCAGUGAGAAGCAGAAGGCAGAGCUGGAGCAGAGCCUGCACCGCGUGAAAAGCCAGGAGCGUGAGCUGGGCAUGCUCAGGGGGAAGCUGUUGAAGAUGUCAGACCUCGUGGCGAAGAAGGAUCGAGAGCUUCAAGCAGCAGCUGCAGAGUUAAGGGAAGCCCAAGAGGACUGCAAAGCACUCAAGGAUGCAUCUCGACGAAUGGCAGAAGAGCUGGAGAUGCUUCCACAGGCGCAGGCUAUUCCUGCCACACCAGAGGAAUCCUCUGAGCAGGACCUGGCAUUGGACCUGGCCAACCUGGGUGUGAGAUGCAGAGGCCUCAGGCACGAGGAGACGAUCCAACGGCAAAAAGAAGGCUUGGCGGAGCUCCGGGAGAGGAUCAAGGUGCUGGAGAAGACACAGGCUGCUGCUGUCAUGGGCAGGGCCAGCGAGCUGCUCAUGGUACAGAAGGCAGCCCUACCAGAGAAGAUCUCCCAGAAAGCAGGACUCAAGGUGGAACCAACUCCACUGCCAGGUGCAGAAUUCAAGUGCAGCAAGUGCAUGGGCCAACUUCCUGAUGGCAGCUCAUGUGGGGCCGUGAGCGUGGAAGGGUUGGAAGACUCAGAGCUCAGCGAGAGGAUGUACCUUGAUUUAAUCUGUGCUCUGGGAAGGCUGAUGAAUAUGAAGGAGCUGGAAGGAAUGCAGCCCAUGGAGCAUCUUCCCCAGGAAGAAAGGGAAAAAGUGGGGCAGCAGAGACGGAGGGAACUGGGGCUGUUAUAUGAGAGGAUCAGAAAACUGAAGGAUCGCCUGGAAAGGAAGGAGGAAAGGCUCCAAGAGUGUGAGACCAGCAUCGAGCAGCUCAGGCUGAACCAAGAGUCCCUGCAAACAUGCCAGGAAGAGAUGCUGAGACUGGAAGAUGAAGUCUACAGGGAAGCAGAAGAGAAAGCUCUGCUGAGAGAGGCUCUGGAGAGGACGAGGGCAGAGCUGGGCCAGGAGAAGAGGUUGAAAAAGGCAGCACGGCAGCGCAAGAGCCUUGCAGAGAAUGGGGAGAAGAGAAAGGAAAAGGAGCUGCCCAACCGUGCUCACUCUUCCAAAGAACGUGGAGGGAAGCCUGGAGCCCAGCAGCCAUCCCUCUUGGUGAAGUCAAGGGAGCGUGUGGUGGGAGAGCUGGAGGUGAUGGGCAGCCCAUAGGAGCAGCACCACGGGGACGUUCUGCUCACAGAGCUGUACAGCGAGGAACUGUGUUGGGGUUGGACAUGGCACCAUGUAGGCACGUAUCGGGGGGAAGAACGCCUAUGUGAGGCCAUCCUACAGUGACCAGGACUGCUGGAAGGACAGUGACAUGCCCAGGGCCAAAUGAUCCUGCAGGAUGUGUAUUGCAGAGCUUAGGGAAAGCGGCAGAAGACAGCUUAUGUGAAUACAGCCAGAAUGUGUGGGUGAA